AUGAUUGGAGUGAACGAAUCUUCAGGAAGAUUCAAGAAGACGCGUUCGAGAGAAGAUGGGUGUCCAGUUUUUAACCCGAAGCUUUGGCAAUCUGCCAAAGUAUUGGCCGCUCACGUGGGCCAACUUGAUAUGAAUCAGGUGGCCGUUCAUCUGUUCGUCGAACGGGCAACAGAUGGAGUGCAACGGGACGAAAAGAUAACCGGUGUCAUGAAUUUCUUCAAAGCAGUUUGCGCCACAACUUCGCUGUUGAUCAACAAAUUUACACAUUGGACCCAAGCUUGUAGAUACGAAGUUGCUAUAUUCUUCUAA